GUUCUUUCUUUUACUAAAACUUACAACAUAUUCAAAACAUCUAAAAUGGCCACUUCCAUCAAUGGUUCCCGUCGUCCACACUACUUGCUUGUAACAUUCCCGGCGCAAGGUCACAUAAACCCGGCGCUCCAACUAGCCAACCGCCUCAUCCACCACGGCGCAACCGUCACAUACUCCACUGCCAUCUCUGCUCACCGUCGUAUGGGCGAGCCACCUUCCACAAAAGGCUUAUCCUUCGCUUGGUUCACCGAUGGAUUUGACGACGGUCUCAAGUCCUUAGAAGACCAGAAAAUCUACAUGUCCGAACUCAAACGCUGUGGUUCAAACGCCCUAAGAGACAUCAUCAGAGCCAAUCUUGAUGCCACAGAGCCUAUCACCGGCGUAAUCUACUCUGUUCUCGUCCCGUGGGUCUCCACGGUAGCGCGUGAGUUUCACCUCCCUACUACACUUCUCUGGAUUGAACCAGCUACUGUACUAGACAUCUACUACUACUACUUCAACGCGUCCUACAAACAUCUCUUCCACGUUGAACCGAUUAAAUUACCGAAACUGCCACUAAUCACCACCGAAGACCUCCCGUCGUUUCUUCAACCGUCGAAGGCAUUACCGUCAGCUCUUGUGACUCUAAAAGAGCACAUCGAAGCUCUCGAAUCCGAAUCAAACCCUAAGAUCCUCGUGAACACUUUCUCUGCUUUAGAACACGAUGCUUUAACCUCAGUGGAGAUACUCAAAAUGAUUCCAAUCGGACCGUUGGUUUCUUCCUCCUCCGACGGUAAAACCGAUCUUUUCAAAUCUUCCGACGAGGAUUACACGAAAUGGCUAGAUUCGAAGCUCGAGAAGUCAGUGAUCUACAUUUCCUUAGGCACACACGCCGAUGAUUUACCGGAGAAACACAUGGAAGCGCUUACUCAAGGCGUGUUAGCCACAAACAGACCAUUUUUAUGGAUCGUGAGGGAGAAAAAUCCAGAAGAGAAGAAGAAGAAUAGGUUUCUUGAAUUGAUCAGAGGAAGUGAUCGAGGAUUGGUGGUGGGAUGGUGUUCUCAGACGGCGGUUUUGGCGCAUUGUGCGGUGGGAUGUUUUGUGACUCAUUGUGGUUGGAAUUCGACGUUGGAGAGUUUAGAGAGUGGUGUUCCGGUGGUUGCGUUCCCGCAGUUUGCUGAUCAGUGUACGACGGCGAAGCUUGUGGAGGACACGUGGAGGAUUGGAGUGAAGGUGAAGGUUGGAGAGGAAGGAGGUGUGGAUGGAGAUGAGAUUAGACGGUGUUUGGAGAAGGUGAUGAGUGGCGGAGAGGAGGCGGAGGAGAUGAGAGAGAAUGCGGCGAAGUGGAAGGCGAUGGCUGUUGAUGCGGCGGCGGAAGGUGGACCGUCGGAUUUGAAUCUUAAGGGUUUUGUGGAAGAGGAUGAGUAAGCCUAAUGGGUUUUAAAUUUUUAAGGAUAAAGAAGUUUAAGGAUGUAUCUUUAUCUUAUUUGAAUAAAGAACAAACAUAGUAGAGUAGCAAUCAGCUUUUUCUGCUUUUCAUUCUCUGUU